AUGGUUUUAAAAAAAAGUAAAAAUAAUAGUAAUAAUAAUAUAAAUAACACAUCUGAAAUUAAAAAAAAUUCAGCUUUAGUUGAUUCUUUAAAUGCAAAGAAUAAAAAGAAAAAAAGAAAAUACCAUGAAAAAUUACCUGAUUUUUCUUGUUUAAAAAAAUUAAUAUAUGAACAAAAAAAAAAAGAUAAUUCAUAUAAUUUAUUUUCAUUCAAUGAUCCAUAUAUAAAAGAGAAAAUUGAUAAAUUUAAUAAAAUAAUUGAAAACAGACAAGAAUAUUCAAAUAUUGAAACUAAUGAAGAAGAUGAAAUUACUAAAAAUUUUUGUGAGACUUCAACUUUUGGAUAUACUUUUAUUGAUAAAGUUUCAAAUUUUGCAAAUAAAGAAGAUAUAGAAGACUUAAUACAACAUGAUGAAGAAGAUGAAGAAGAAGAAAAUGAAGAAUUUAAUGAAAAUGAAAAAAGGGAAAAAAAUAAAAAAAGAGAAGAAUGUAAUAAAGGAGUAGAAAGAAAUAAAGAAGGAAAUAUAUUUAAUAAAAAAGGUAUUAUAGACUUAAAAAAGAAGGAUAUGAUUUUAGACCAAUUAAAAUUAAAGUUUGAUGAAUUUAAAAUAGAUACAUUAACUAUUCCUCAAAAACCUGUUAACUUUAUUGAUGAAAAUGGAAAGGAGAAAAAGAAACUUUUUAUUUUUAAUAUAAAUAGUAACAAUAAUAAAAAAAAAAAUGAAAAAAAAAGAAUUCAAAUAAUAUAUGAUGAACAAAAAACAGAAGAUAAAGAGGAUAUUGUAACCCUUGUUAAUAAAAUAAAUGAUCAGAAGGAAUCCUAUUUAUAUUUUGCUGUUAAAGAUAAUGAAUUAUUAUUAAAUAGAAAUAAUGAUUAUUUUAGUAUAAUGAUGCAUUAUUUAUGUGAAAAAUCAAGUAAUAUAAAUAUUCAGAUGUUAUAUUAUCUAAUCAUGAAACCUCCCAAUAUGGAUAUGUUGUUAUAUUUGAUUUUGACUUAUUAUAAAUUUAAUUUUUUAGAUAUUUUAGAACAUUAUGAGAAUAUUUGUAUUAAUAACAUUAUUGAAAGUACCUUUGAAGAAAUUUCCUUAUAUGACUACUAUUAUUAUUUUUUUCAUAUCCUUGAAAUAUCUCAUGAACAUUAUUAUAUGUCAAUAGAAUUAUUUAAUGGAAUGAAGUUUUUGUUAGAUAAAUAUAAUUUUUUUUUAGGCAGAAUGCAUAAGAAUUCAAUUUUCUCUAAAACCAAAUUUGUUUUAGGUAUGGGUGAUAUUCAGAAUAUAAAAAAUAUUUUUUUAAAUACACAUAAUAAAAACUCAAAAAUUGAAAAUCAAAAAGUUCAAGAAAACUUUAAAAACAAUGAAGAUAGUACAACAGAUGGAAGUGAAAAUGAAAAUAAAAAAGAUCCUAUAGUUAACAAAAAUAAUGAAGACGAAAAAAAUAUUAUAAAUAGAAAAAAUGGUGCUUUACAGUAUAUAUUAAAUACAAAACUAGAUUUUAUAAAUUAUCAACAAAAGAAUUUUUUUAACGAAACACACUGGGAUGAAAUAGAAAACUACUAUCAUUUAAACAAUUUAGACAAACUAGUAUAUUUUACAAAAGAUUUAUAUUAUAAAUUUACGAAAAAAAAUAUAUAUAUGAAAUUAAAUGAAAUAACUUGUGAACAAAAACAUUUUGAUAAAAUACAAAUUAUUGAAUAUUGUAAAAAAAAAAUUCCAUUCUACAAAAAAAAUGUCAAAUUUAUGAACUUUUUGGGGGUAUAUUCUCAUUCUUUCAUCUGGCAAAUAUAUUGUCUAGAAUUGGAACUAUUUUGUGUGUUAAAAUUCAAACGAAUCAAUUCCGAAUUUAUAUCUCAUAAAGAAAAAUUUGAAGAAGAUAAAGAAAAAGAAAAAGAAAAUGAAAAGAUAAAUGAAAAACAUUUAGAAAAUUUCAAUAAAAAUAUUAUAAAAACUAAUAAUGAUUUUUCAAGAUAUGAUGACAAUUUUCCUAUUUUAAAAGAAAACAGUGACUUUAUUAAUGAUGAAGGCAUAAUAAAAAUGUUAUAUAAAAAUGAAAAAGUAAAAAAUGAAUUAAAUGAAAGAAAAAGGGAAAACUUUUAUAAUUUAAAAGAUAUUGAAGAUGAAAUAAAUAAUGCAUUAAUUGUUUUCAAAAAUUAUGUUAAAGAAAAAAAUAUACAAAAUUUAUUUUUUCCAAUUUCUGUGGAAAUGGAUAAAAAUUUAGUUGAAAAAACUAAGUAUAUUAAUGGAACUCCUUUAAAUGAAUUUAUAUAUAGUGAAUUUUUAUCAGGGAUUGACUUAAAAUUACGAGUUUUUAAGUUAAAAUGUAUAAUAUUAAAAAUAAUUAAAAUUAUUUUAACAUUUUUAAAUUUUGAUUUUCUUAUUAUUCUUAAAUGUUCCAGGUUAUUUUUGAAAGAAGAUAAUCUACUUAUAAAUGCAGGGAUGCCUUUAGGUUUAUUAUCAAAUAAUACAUUGUGCUUUCUUUUAAAUAAUAUUGAUGAAACGAUAGCAACAAAAACAUAUAGUAAAACUAUUUUUUAUUAUUUGCCACCAGAAAUAAUAAAUAAACUAAAUACACUUAAUAAUGAAAAUGUAAAAGAGAAUAAUAAAAAAGAUAUGAAUUAUAAUCCUUAUGAAAAAAAAUUCGAUAAUAAUAAUUGUUUUUUAUUUGAUGAUAAAAUAAAAUUACAAAAAGCAUAUUCAUAUAUGAUUGGCAAGAUAUUUGAAGAAACAUUAAUCGACACCUUUACAGGAGACAAGUUUGACUAUUUCAAUUUUGAUGAAAAUGUUAAAGAUUUUUUGUUAUGCUGUCUUGAAGGGGAUCCCGAACAAAGAGAACCUCUUGAAAAUUUAUUAAAUCACAAAUGCUUUUUUGAUUGUUUCGAUCUAUAUAUAAAUAUUUAUGAUGAUAAGAUUAAUUCUUAUAAAAAUGAUAAAGAAAAGGCAAUUCGAUUACGAGAUUUGAACUACAUAAAUAAUUUUGAUUAUAAUAAUAUUUUUAGUAUACCAUCUGAACAUUCAUCUAGACCACCUUCAUUUUCUCAUUCGAAAUCAAUUACAGAAUCUAGUCAGCUCUCCACUUCAAAUACGUAG